GGAACUUCCCCUGUCCUUUUCUCGCUGACUUGCCUUCCAAACUAGCAUCGCUUAUUAUAACAGUAGUGACUGUGAUGAAUGAAUAGCAUUACAGCAGGCUAUAUUUGUGUGUGUCCGGAGUCGGUUAUCAUCGGUUGUUGGAAUCGGUCCUAAUAUUAAUAUUAUUAUUCCUAUAUCAAUAUUAUCGCGGUCGGGACAGACAGGCGAGCAGAUGUUCCAAACUGGGAAGAAAGCUUUAUGCCGGGAUGACAAGGGGCUAGCCCCGACACAGCAACGUUGCGUGGAACCGUGAGCGAUAUGAAUAUCCGCCAGCAGAGCUCGGAUAAUAACUCGGUGAGCAGCAGCGAAUGGGACAUGGCAAAUGACGUUUUCGUGUCCGGCUACGACGAGCACCCGACGGGAACGGAAGCCCGCGCCGGCGGCGGGUGUGACCCGGCGGAACCGGGUUUGGACAGACACCUUCCUCUUUUACCGCAGGACGGCCUCAUGCUGGGCCUGUCCGAUGAGGAAUACUCGAGAGAAACUCCGUCGUAUCUGGACAUCGAGCGAAGCUACAGCGAAAGUGACAGCAACGCGACGAGCAAGAAACGCGUGCGUUCCAACAGCUCCAGGCACAGGGGCGAAAUCGUCACGGAGCUGGGCCCGGAGGAGGUCAGGUGGUUUUACAAGGAGGACAAGCGGGCGUGGAAGCCUUUCGUCGGACACGACUCUUUAAAAAUCGAGAGCGCCUAUGCGAGGUUCGCGAAGCACAGCCCCGACGAGGUCAAACGCCCCCGUGAGCCCGUCGAGAGCCGGCGCAAAGAUGCGGCGGAGGACUGCCGACGGCCCUCCUUGUCCGAGGAGAUGAGCGACCCGGACGGCACCGGCACCGGCACCGGCACCGGCAUCGGCAUCGGCACCGGCACCGGCACCGGCACCGGCAUCGGCAUCGGCAUGAACACGGAGGCAGUGUGUGUGAGAGGGGGGCUCUAUGAAGUGGACGUCAGAGAAAAGGAAUGCUACCCAGUUUACUGGAACCAGCAAGAUCGUAUUCCUGUGAUGAGAGGCCAGUGGUUCAUUGAUGCAACCUGGCUUCCUUUGGAGGAGGAUGAGAGUGACAUGAUUGAGCAAGAGCACCUUGCCCGUUUCCGGGGUCAACAAAUGAGGGACACCUAUGAAAUGGAGGUAGUGACCACCACAGUAGACAGCAAAGAUGCUAUUCACAGUUUGAAGCUGAGCCGGAGCCAUGUUGACUGGCAGAGUGUGGAUUUGGUGUACCUGUACAGCGACGCUACCACAUCCAAGAUUGCACGAACUGUCACUCAGAAACUGGGCUUUUCCAAAGCUUCAAGCAGCGGGACACGUCUCCACCGAGGGUAUGUAGAGGAGGCAGCUCCUGAGGACACCCCACCUGAAACCACACACAUCGUGUUUGUGGUGCAUGGCAUUGGUCAGAAGAUGGACCAGGGUCGCAUUAUUAGGAACACCAGCAUGAUGAGAGAUGCUGCCAGAAAGAUGGAGGAGAAGCACUUUCCUAAUCGCACCACAGAGCAUGUUGAGUUCCUUCCUGUUGAAUGGCGGUCGAAACUGGCUCUUGAUGGAGACACAGUGGACACCAUCACUCCAGACAAACUGAGAGGUCUCAGAGACAUGUUGAAUAGCAGCGCCAUGGACAUCAUGUACUACACUAGCCCGCUUUACAGAGACGAGAUUACCCGAGGUCUGACUCUUGAGCUGAACCGUCUUUACUCACUUUUCUGCUCGCGAAAUCCAGACUUUGAAAAAAAUGGGAAGGUCUCCAUCGUGUCACACUCCUUAGGCUGUGUCAUCACUUUUGACAUCAUGACUGGCUGGGACCCGGUGCGCUUUCAUCAUUUAGAAGUGCCUGAUCCGGAAGAAACUAAGGCCCGCUGGCCAAGUGUUGAAGAGCGCCAACUUCAGGAGCAACUCAGACUCACACGCCUCAGGUUGAGGGAUUUGGAAGAUCAGUUCCAGGGUCUGCAGACCUUGUCUUGUGUUGCAGUUCCGGCAAUGAAAUUCAAGGUGGAGAAUUUCUUCUGCAUGGGCUCUCCUCUGGCAGUAUUCUUGGCAUUACGAGGCAUCCGUCCCGGAAGCAAUGUCGUCCAGGACCAUAUCCUCCCCACCUCAAUCUGCAAACGCCUCUUCAACAUAUUCCAUCCCACUGACCCUGUGGCAUACAGAUUGGAACCUCUUAUCUUAAAGCACUACAGUAACAUUGCACCCGUUCAAAUCCACUGGUACAACACCACCAGCCCCACGCCAUAUGAUCAAAUUCGCCUGACACUGCUGAACCUUCCCAAGGAGACAACAUCUAUAUCGGAUUCCGAAAGCCUUGCCAGCCCUUGUACCUCUCCGCCCCAGGCACGACGUCACUAUGGCGAGUCCAUUACCAGCCUGGGCAAGGCCAGCAUCAUGGGUGCUGCGAGUCUCGGAAAGGGAAUCGGAGGAAUCCUGUUUUCUCGCUUUUCUCGAUCCAGUUGUCAGGUGGGUGGAAUGGAGGAGGAGCCCUCAGAUUUUGAGGGUCGAACCACAGAAGCGGAAAACGCAGCGGGAGAGAAGACAGUUCUCCCCGAAAGUGAUGAGAAAGAAAAACUAGUCGAGGAGGAGCAGAGGGAAAUAGAGCAGCCAAUGUCGCAAUCCACUUCAGUGGUCAUGGACCACACCUCCUUGGAACUGGAAAGACGCAUGGACUUUGAGCUGCGAGAGGGCUUGGUCGAGAGUCGCUAUUGGUCGGCGGUGACGUCACACACAGCCUAUUGGUGCUCUUAUGAUGUGGCGCUUUUCCUCCUUACUUUCAUGUAUAGACCACAAGAGCCUCCUGAGACUGCUGAAGACAACACAGAUGCCUCAUAAAAGAAAUACAUGGCAUGGGCGGUCAAUUCAUUUUCUAUUCGCAUUUGAAAAAGAGAAUGAUCGCACUCUCUUUUGCAUUUACAGUUUUAGUACAAAAUUAUCUACUAAAAAAAAAAAUAAUGGUACUGAUUCGAGAUUAAUGCUAUUUUACACACCGGUACUAAAAUGGGGACAUUUGUUAACCUUACAAAGUUACAAACCAUAUUUGUUUUAUACAUCUUAUUUUUACAUCAUGGAUUUCAAUAUAGACACCAAAAUGUCCCUUUUUUUCAUUUACAAUUUGGCGUCACAGGCGCAUGAAAUGACUGUUACCAAGUGAAUUGAAACUGAAUUGCCAAAUGCUCAUAUAGGCACACGCGCGCACACACACACACACACACACACACACAAUCUAGCUUCGACACAACGGACGUGCUGUGCCCAAAGCCUUGUCCUCUGACCAUUUGUCCACAAAUGCCUGCUCAUGAUCUUUUGCGGCAGCAACUGCUUCCUGCACAGAACCCUUCAUAGCCCUUAUUGAACUUUUAGUGUUCUGUGUAUCAGGAGGAUAGCUUCCAUCUGUGACUGAGGUCGUGAUGAUCCUGUUGUCCCAUAAUUUAUCCUACCUGACCAUUGACCAGUACGAUGCUCAGCUUUGAUAUCAUUAUCAUUUCCCAACAAAACACACCAUGGUGAGACAGAUAUAGUACGAGUUAUAAUACUAGGAGUAGUCCAAAUAGUUUGUCUGGGGGCGAACUUAUAGCCCAGUACAGUACCGUACAGUAGUUAAAAAAAAAAAACAACUACAAAAAGCUUAAUUUUUGUCACUUUUCAGGAUUUGUAGGAAUUAAUUUGGAGUGACACAAUGACUUUUUUUUUUUUUUUACACAUUUGCUGCAUGUGCAUGUCAUUUCGUAAGAUGUUUAGAGGUCACUCAAAAAGACCAGCUCAUGUUCAAUCUGAUACACGGAUGUAACUUGUUACGAGAAUUAUGCACUAGUGGCAUAUCCACAGAAAUGCCCCCCUUGUCCUGGCUUUACAACAACUCCAAUUUCUGCCGUGGUCCUUUGUUCUACGUUUGUGCCUGCGCGUUUGUGUGUGUCAGUGCAGGCUGAAUGGAGAAAAUGGGUCAAUGGGUCAUUUUCAUAUAAUUUGAUCAAUAACAGUAAAGACACACAAAACAAAUCUAAUUUAGCAGCUUUUUAUUCCACCUUCCACCAUAUGGAUAAAUGUCUUCCAUGAUGAAACUGCCACACUUAAAGUACUAUUUGAAAACGUUAUUGACAUGCAUAGUGAGGGCAAGCCUUAUUGACAGGGUAAUGGUGGUGGCCCAUUGAAAGAGGCUUGUUAAAACCGUAAAGACAAACAAAGACAAAAAUCAUGUGCGAUGCACAAUUUACGUGUUGCCCUUCAAACUCUGCGGAUACAAGUGCAUACAUGAGCCUAACUACUCAUUAAACCCAUUAUACUCUUGUCUUCAUACAGUCGUAAUAAUGGUAGAGACAUGCAAUAGUUCUGACCCUUUCACAAAUCCAUACAUACUGUAUGAGUUCAUAUCUCAAAAAUCCAUCCAUCUGAGGGGUUCCGUGGCGUUCCCAGACGUUCUAGCAUGUUCUGGGUUGUCCUCGGUACCUCCUCCUGUCGGGACCUGCCCGGAACACCUCGCCAGGGAGGCAUCCAGGAGGUAUCUUAACAAGGUGCCGGAGCCACCUUUCCUGAAUCCUGUAGUUGUGGAGGAGCAGCGGCUGGACUGAGUCCCUCCCGGAUGAGCAAGCUCGUCACCCUAUCGCUAAACGAGAGCCCGGACACCUUGCAGAGCAAACUCAUUCCGGCUACUUGUAUCUGCGAUCUUGUUCUGACCCACAGCUCGUGACCAUAGGUGAGAAUGUAGAUCGAUCGGGAAAUUGAGAGCUUCGCCAUUUCGGCUCAGCUUCUUGUUUACCACAAUGAACCGAUAGAGAGUCUGCAUCACUGCAGACGCUGCACCAAUCCACCUGGUGAUCUCCCGCUCCAUUCUUCCCUCACUCAUGAACAAGACUCCAAGAUACUUGAACUCCUCCACUUGGGGCAGGAUCUCAUUCCCGACCCGAAGAGGGCACGCCACCCUUUUCCAAGAUUUGGAGGUGCUGAUUCUCAUCCCGACCAGGGCUGUAACGGUUAUGUAUCGAGACCGAAAACUGCAGUUUUCAAAUACACAAUCCUGUGUUGUCUUUGAAAUGUUAGAACCGCGACAUGCCCUUUCAACUGUGAGCUUCCACUCCGCAUACAGCCAUAUGCGCUCACAGUGCUACCAAACUUAAUAUAAUGAAUAUUACAAAUGUUUUAAGUUGACAUAAUAAAACAGAAAUCUUGAUUGAAGAUGCAUUUCUCCAUCAAGCCUCCUCCAAAUGCGUGUCAUCAUUGUCAUGGGACCACUUUUUCCGGUGAGCGCAGUGACCCCGUCUCAUCGCACCGACCACCUUACGGCCACAGCACCGGUAAGCCGAAUCAGCAAUGGAGGCAUGGAACAUGGUCCACUCGGACUCAGUAUCCCCUGCUCCCCCAGGACGUGGAAGUUCAAACUCCUUGCAAAAUCAAGAUGGCCUUUGUGGUCGCCUCAAUUACGUGCUCUCUAGUACUGUCUAUGUUUUUGUGUUUUUUGCUCGUCUUUUUGGAGACAUUACGCGGCUCACUUACACAAGGGAAGACUUGCUAAACAUUAGGGAGUCGACCCCAGACUUUCUUUCACUAACUUUCGCAAAUCCGCUCAGUUUUUUCUCCGAGUUAAUCACCGGGGGGCGCGGCUGCUGUCUCUACGGAAUCUACGCUCCCUACCCAACAAAAUGGAAGAGCUUCAUCUUCUGACAAAGACCAGUAAAGAAUCAGGACGUUCCGCCGCCCUGAGCUUUACGGAGACAUGGCUUUGUGAACGCGUCUCCGAUGGUGCCGUAAUGCUUCCGGGCCUCCAACUGCACUGGACAGACCGCGUCAUGGAGUUAUCGGGGAAAACUUCUAUAUCAACGAAAAAUGGUGUACUGGCGUCACGGAGCUCAGCACGCACUGCAGCCCGGAUUUAGAGUCGCUUUUUUUGAACUGUAAGCCAUUCUACUCGGGCGGCACGGUGGACGACUGGUUAGAGCGUCUGCCUCACAGUUCUGAGGAGCGGGGUUAAACUGCUCUAAUUGCUAGAGGACUCUGCAUCUUUUUGCACAAUUGUUAAGGGGAAAACAUGUAAUUGUACCGGCAUUACCACAUGACUGGUAACGUUUUAUUGCUCAGUGUGUGUGUUUUUUAUGUCUUUAUGUCUCAAAAGUAUUCUCUGUCAAUUGACUGUUGUCGUACUAGAGUGUCUCCAACUACCGGAGCAAAUUAAAAUUCCUUGUAUGUUUUUGACAUACUUGGCAAAUAAAGAUGAUUCUGAUUCUGAGUCUGAAAGGGGGACUCCACCAGUUGUCCCCUGGAUACCAUCACAAUACGUUUGUGUCUGCCAGGUCGGACUAUCUUCCCCCACCAUAGGAGCCAACACACCACCAGGUGGCGAUCAGUUGACGGCUCCGCUCCUUCUCUUCACCCAAGAUUCCAAGACAUGCAGCCUAGGGUGUUGGCACCAGGACACCCUUAUGUCUGAACAUGGUGUUCAUUAUGGAUAAUCCAUGACAAGCACAGAACACCGCUCGGGUUAUGGUCAGGCGGGGGGCGUUCUUCCCGAUCACGCCCCUCCAAGUCUCAUUGUCACUACCCACGUGAGCAAUGAAGUCCCCCAGCAGAACGAGGGAGGCACGCUGAGCUGCUGUUUGGUCAGUACCUGUCCCCACACUCAAAGGCGGUGGAAGGCUACCCUCUUAUCCACCGGGGUAAACCCCAACCUACAAACACCAAGCCAGGGGGCAAUUAGUAUGCCCACACCUGCUUGGCCCCAGAGUGGAAUAGAGUUCAACCUCUCGAGAGAAAACUGGUACAAAAGUGCAAACAGUGUGUCGAGGUGAGCCCGACUACAUCUAGUUGGAACUUCUCAACCUCGCACACCAGCUCGGGCUCCUUCUCUGCCAGAGAGGUGACAUUCCAAGUCCCUAGAUUGGGCUGGGGGAUUAGCUGCAGGGUGGAGAGGGGCUGCCCCCCUUUUCUCCAAUGUCUUCCAGCUGGUCGGACUGAGCCUGCAGGAGUCUAGCCUCUUACUUCACACACACUGCACAGUUUUAUUCCUCACACUGUACAUAUUUCACACACUGGGUACGUCCCCCCCGCCCCCCGGGUCCCCGCCUUCCUCCUCUCCUGGCGCCCUUGCCCGUCAUUGCUCACACCAAGUGCUUGCCAUGAGCUCGCUUUUGGCGAGCUGUGAUUUUUUUCAAGUGGAAGCUGGCUCCUGCGUUAGGCCCUGUUAGUGGUCGGGGCCCCCAUGCUCUCCGGGGGUGGCUGGGUGGUGGUCGGGUGGUCCGUUUCCCUUGCCCCUCCCUUCGGGACGAGUCAGGGUGCUUCAGUUGAGCUGGGGGAACGUCCACAAAUAAGAACAUGAUUUUACUUGGUAAAGUUACUUGUAGUCAAAUAUCUAGACUAUCUAACUAUUGUUCUGCCCCGGUUCGCCCCUUGUUCAUUCUGUCCCUGGGUCUAUCCCCUUAAAUGCUUUUCUGUCGAGCUACAUUUUCAAUGGACGUCAGAAUGAUUUAAAAAAAGUAAAAUAAAGAACCAAAAAAAAAGGAACUAUGAUGACACUAAGAUGCAUUGUUGUUCGUUUUCAUGGAAAAGGCAUAUUAAGCAAUUGGAGAAAAAAUCUUAUAUAUCCAAAAAUAUAGUUAUCAACUUCAGAAAAAAUGUCAUAAAACUUCAUUUCGGACACCUAACGGUAAAGACAUUUUGGCAUGAAAUAUUUGAAAAAGGGUCUUUAGAAUGUCUUUUUUUGACCUUUUGCUGGAUAACAAAUGACAAUAAUUCAAAUACUCAUCAGUCAAAUGAAUUGGGUUUUCAAAAGGAAAUCCAUUGGGCCAUGGCUUUACUGUUAAUAAUCAAAUUAUAUUAAAAUGACCCAAAUACUCAGAAGUAAAACGAGUCCGUGUCCAGUGAUGGAACGGCUACAAAUGUGAAGGCUUAAUCACUGUAUUUAACCCUAUUUUUCUCCAGCUGUUACACUGUCAAAUCAGCUCAAGCAUAUUUUGGGUGUAUGCAGACAUUAGCAUACUGGUGAGAGCUGACCUAGUUACUGAAGGCCAAGAUUUACUUCGUGUUCUUAUUUACUAAUGUAGAAUACAGGAAAUGAUUGACUGGCUCACAAUCUUCACAAUUCUAGUUCAUGUCUAAAUGUGUUUGAUGGGCUCAGGGCCAGUGUCGCCACAGUGACCUUGAAAAAGUAACUGAGUUACUGUACUGAUUACUUGAGCUUAAAAGUAACUAAGGAACUUUAUAGUUACUUUCAGCAGCUGUCAAGUGGCAGGAAUAUCACUUAUCCGCAGUACAAGAAAAGCGUUAGCGUAACCGUACCCAUUACUUGGGUUACGAAAAGUAACUAUUGGCAGAUAAAUCAAAGUAACUGUAAUUUGACUGCUCUAAUAUAAAAAGUAACGCAUUAGAUUACUUAUGAUGUCACCGGACCACAUUUUUUGGGUGUUUUUUUUGUUCCUUGCGUAACGCGUUACUGGCAUCACUGGUCAGGGCUCAAGUUGGACCAAUCAAGUUCUUCUACACCAAACUCAUCCAAGCAUGCCUUUCUGGAGCACAAUAUUAGCAUCUUCUGUCCAAUGAUCAUGCGGGUAAUUAUGCAUCGGUCAUAUUUCAAUGUGAAAUGGCCAAAUGUUUGGGAGUUGCCAACAAUAUGUUGAGAGGAACAACAUUCGUAUGUGAAUUGAAUCUCAGUCCAACAUACAGUAGUAUAUAGCACGGACCACAAACUAGAAAUGGUUUUUUACACCGUGAUGUCUCACUAAUGUACCACUGAUUUGUACGAGCGGACAGCGGACACUGUAGAUGUUGGACUCUGAUCAAACUCAAACUUGCAGGCAAGCAUUUAGAAUCUCUAGUGUUGAAGUUCACUGCAUUUAUGGUCCGUGAUAUUCCCCUUUUUGUGCUUUGAAAACCACGUGUGUCCCGUGUGCUGUUCUCGAAUGGGGGGAGGGCUGAUGACGUGAUUUCCAUGGCCAACAUUCUGCAGAACCUUUCUCAAUACAGCCAAUGUUGUAAAUGUGGCAGAAAAUCAACAAAAUCCAAGUGACCACAAUCCUUUCGAAUCUUACAAAACAUUGCUUUUCUUCAAAAUUGUGCAGGGAAGUUAAUACAGUAUUUGAUGAAAAAUACCAAUCAAAUGCACAUUGUGAUGAUUUUUUUUUUUUAAUGAAUCCCCAACACAACUUAAAAGUAUUUUUUCCACUUUCUUAUGCCAUGUCCAAAGAAAUAUUCACUUGCUCCCAACGUUUGUCGUUUUGGGCAUAAGUGUCAGUCAGAAAGUCGUCUUUCCUGUUUCCAAGACAUGUUUAGCAAACUUAAGUUUUUUAAAAAUUCAUUUACAUGUUUCUUAUGAACUGCAGAUAUCUUUCUUUGAAUUGCGUCCAACUCUUUUGGAGAAAUGUUUGGCCGCCUGUUAUCUAGGUACUCCGUGUUGCAAUGCCAACGUUUCUACAUUAUCAUGGUUUUGGUGGCCAAGAUUCUCCAUUCAGUAAAACAACAAAAAUAUUGAAAAUGAAAAACGCUAAAAGUAUGACAUCAUGAGGGCAAACAAGACAACUCUUACCUUUAGCUAACAUGUUGGCCCAGCUGACAAAUGCCAAUUGUUAACUACUGUCCAAAUGAAUGGGCCAUGUCCAGUGUAUCACAUUAUUCCAAUAAGUAGACUCGAGUCCUUUUUAACAUGACGGAUUUGCUUCA